AUGUACGGCUUCUCACGAACGCCACUUUAUCCAAUAACCCAAGGUUGGACCUCUGCACAGAACAGAAUUAUGGAUCAGCCACGCGAAUUAAGUCUACGUGAAUUGCAUCUACAAGGAAAUCGUAUCAAGGAAUUCACCGCCAACGGCAUACCCGACAAACUAAAGUUCUUAGACUUAAGUUUCAAUCGCAUCUCUUACAUCGACAGCAUGACAGCAACCGCGCUGUUCUCGUCAAAAGAGAGACGCAUUAAGCUAGCUGGUAACAGCUUUAUGUGCGACUGUCAGAACCAGGGUUUUCUUAGUAUCUUAAAUGAAAAUAAGGAGCAGGUGGAUGACUACAACAAACUCGUCUGCAAAGAAGACGGCACUUUAAUAAGUAAUUUUACUGCCUCUGCGUUCUGUGUUAUUGAAGAACAGCCACAAUUAGCACUUAUCCAUAUCUUACUCCCAAUCUUACUCGCUGUCGUAGUCUUGACCGUCUUAGCUGUUCCUGUAUAUUUACGAUAUGGAGAAGCCAUUAAGAACAUCUUAUAUACUAGAGGUUUGUGUCUAUUCUGUUUGAAAGAAGAGCUGUUGGACGAGAACCGUCCUUUUGACAUUUUUAUCUCUUUCUCCCACGAAGAUGAAGACUACGUCUUGAAUAAGUUACUGCCGAUGUUAGAAAAGGAAAACUAUAAAGCGUGUGUUCACAUGCGAAAUUGGAUUAUUGGAGAGUGGAUUCCGAAGCAAAUUUCGGUAUCAAUAGAAGUCUCGCGGCGUACGUUGAUAGUUCUGUCCAGAAAGUUUGUGAAGUCCUUGUGGGGGAUGCUGGAGUUCCGCAUGGCACAUGCCAGUAUGCUUCAUGAGGGUAAGGCGAGGUUGAUCGUUGUGGUGUUGGAUGAUGUUGUGAAGGAGGAGCAAUUGGACCCUGAGCUGAAGAACUAUCUCCGGACCAACACGUAUUUAGAGACGAACGAUCCGUGGUUCUGGGAAAGAUUGCGAUCUGCGCUGCCGCGACGAGGACGAUCUCAACUCGAGAAAAAUCAGCGGGUGCCAAUGGAUGUCGCUAAUGACUUUGGACCAUAUGGCGCUGUUACGCCUGUUGUUCAAAAGGACUUCAUUGACUCUAGUGUAUUAUCUAACGAAUUAAGUGAGUCUUGA